AUGGGAGCUCUCCGCAAAAUCAAGACUAAGCGUCGCACCAGAGACUAUGACCAGGUCAUCGCCGACGUCGACUCGCCGCGCCAUCUCGCCCAGUACAAGGCGAGCAAGGAUCCAGAGGAUCUGCCUGGACUCGGUCGACACUUCUGUGUCGAGUGCUCCAAGUGGUUCGAGAGCGACUACAACUUGAAGGCGCACACCAAGGGCAAGAACCACAAGCGCAGAGUGCGCCUCCUUCAAGAAGAACCUCAUAGCCAGGAACUCGCCGAGGCCGCCGUUGGUCUGGGUGUCGUCGAGAAUUGGAGGGGUCACAUCAAGCGGGCGGACAAUGCGGCCGACAAGACAGCCGACAAGAUGGAGAUGACUGCUUGA